AUGAUCCAUGGGCCUUGCGGUAAUUCAAACAAUAGAUCACCCUGUAUGGAGUCAGGUAGCUGUAGGAAGAAGUAUCCUAGAACUUUCAUUCAAGAAACACAGACAGGAGACGACGGGUAUCCAAAGUAUAGGCGAAGAGCUCCAGAAAAUGGUGGUUUUACUGUUGAAAUAAAUGGUAAUACACUUGAUAAUCGUUGGGUAGUACCGUAUAACCCAGUGCUUUCACGUACAUUUGGUGCUCAUAUUAAUGUAGAGUACUGUAACUCUGUAAAAUCUAUAAAAUACAUUUGUAAAUAUAUUACAAAAGGAAGUGAUCAAGCAGCAUUUGGUUUUGAAAAUGAUAAUGAUGAAGUCAAGCUUUAUGAAAGUGGUCGAUAUAUCAGCAGCUCUGAGGCUGUAUGGAGAAUUCUGGCUUUUCCUAUCCACGAGAGAUUUCCAACAGUCUUCCAUCUUUCCGUGCAUUUAGAAAAUGGCCAGCGUGUUUUUUAA